ACGAGAGCGAAAAAAGCGGGUUCGUUUGUAUGUGGAACGAAAGUUGUGUGUUGCAUCGAUUGUUUUACGUACUGAUUGCUGUGAAACAAUUUGAACCUCACAAGGUGCAAACGUACACAUUACCCUAAUCUUGUGAUUUACUGGCGGUAGGUGGUUAACGACGAACUAACGCAUCGUAAAAAAUGGCACAACCGGCACCGCUUGGUUUGGAUGUUACGGAUUUAAAAUUCAAGCUACAGAGCAAGGUGCCGAUUUUUAAAGGAAACGGAAAUGCAACAAAUGGCUGCAAUUUGCUUGCCACGGCCAGUGUACACGGGCUGGUAUUCGUCGGCACGGUUGGGUGUGAGCUGCGCGUACUCAAGCUGAAAGACAUCACCAGCGACCGGAUAAUGAAUGAGAUCGUUCCGCUGCGCACGGUUCCACUGCCUAGCGAACCGUACCAGUUGGCCGUUAGCUGUGAUAAUGGAUUGCUCGCGGUCGAUAUCAUUGCAAACGGAGUACCGUUCGUGUACAUCUAUUCCGUACCGUCAUUCUUGACCGGAUCGAUCGUGAAGCUGCAUGAAAUCAAAACAUCCGCCCAACCCAAUGUUCGGAGUACGCAGCUCUGCUGGAACCCCGUCAUACACAACGUGCUUGCAGUGCGAACCGAAGCGGGAGGGCUUUCGGUGUACACACUCAAGGAACCGGCCGGUAUGGAGUUCCACUCGCUCGAUACGAACAAUUCGGACACGGAGCGGGCUCAGUGUGCCUGCUGGAGUCCGAAGGGUAAGCAGCUGGUGGUAGCGUUCGUAAACGGGAAGCUGGUACAGUACAAACCGGAUCUGAAACCGGCCCGCACCAUCGUCUGCCCGCCCGGUGUGGUGGAGGGCGGUGGAGGGUUCGACGUACUGGCAGUCCAGUGGCUCAGUACGUACCAAUUUGCCGCGGUGUUUCUACCACACGCGGACGACUCAGUACCGGCACUGUUCAUCGUGAACGCACCCAAGGCUGGCAAUCCGGUUUUUAUCAAUUACGACGAUAUCUGUUACAGUCAGAGUGGACCACGCAAAGGGCAAGUGUUUUUGCAGCACAUACUGCCCUGGAAUUUGCUGCUGAUGGCAUCGGCCAACAGCAUGGAGGUUGGCAUAUUGGGCACGACGGAAAGUGGAGAAGCGCCCACCUGGUGCCAGUGGACGACGACGGAUGAGGCACGUGCCGAGUUGCCACUAACGAGCGAUAAGCAGGAAUCGUUCCCAAUCGGAUUGGUGCUCGAAACGGGCUGUACGCACGAGCUCGUAAUAGGCGAACAAACGUUCCCGGUGAUGCCGAUGAUUCAUCUACUUUCGACGUACGGUCAGCUCGUUUCCUUCAACGUGCUUAACAUGCUGCCGAAUGUACCGAACAUUUGCUCUCCUCCCAAACCGGUGCAGGAUCUUUCCGGUGGCGCAUUCGUGAAGUUGGAUGUGGAAAAGUCGGCAACACCGGCAGUUGGUACAAUGCCACACCAGCCGCCUCCAGGCAGUGCGAUUGUUCCGACGGUAUCAUCCGCGGGAAUGUUACCACCGUCGGAAAUAUCUUUCGCUGUACCGAAUGGUGCCACAUCAACACCAGCUAUUGCGAAAUCGAAAUCAUUCUUUAAUUCCGGCCUUGGAGAAGCGGUGCAGAAAUCUCCUAUAAAUCUGUUUGGUGGAGGUGGUGCAACUACCGGCCAGCAGCAGCAGCAGCAGCAGCAGCAACAACAAAAACCUGCCACCAUUGCACCAACAUUCGGCAAACAGAUUACCUUUGGUUCAACGGCCACGGGUGGUGGAUUGCAAGCAGGAAUAGGAGGUGCUAAUGAAAAGAAAACUUCCUCCUUUGCCGGAUUUUCAGCCCCAGGCACAGGAACAAGCGCGUUUGGCAGUGGGACAGCAUUGGGAACAAGUGCCGGUGGUCUGCCUACAAUGUCCGCUCCACCCUUUCAAGCUGCCAUGGCAUCAAUGGGAUCCUCGACGCCAGCUUCUGCACCGUCCAUAACGGGGCCGGAUGUAACUAAACCGCUCGUUACCGUACCUCCUACGUAUGUUGCCCCUGUUCAACAGCAAUCCCAGCAAAGCAAUGCUACUGCUAGCGCUGGAUCAACCCGGCCACAAGCUGCAGACACGCAGUACAAGAAGAAGUCCGAAUUUUCCUCCGAGGAUAGUAACGCGAUCAUACGCACACUGACGAUCGAUGAGCUGAAUCGUUUUACCCGCGAACUUACCAACCUGCAGCAGCGCAAUCGCUCGCUAAGUGUGCAAAUCGGACAGAAGGAGGAAUCGACCCAGAUCAUUCGUAGUUUGCGCGAGCUGGAAGACAUUAUUGCGCAGGCGAACGAAAGCACACAGUCGCUCGUAUCGGACGUGCAGACAUUGCGGCUCGGGCUGAACGAAGCGUUCGCGAUGAUAGCGGAAGCGAACAGCAAGAGUGCGAUUUACAACAAUCCGACCGUGCAUCAGUACCAGGAAGCGCACGGCAUGUCACAGACGAGUAGGCGUCAGCUGAGCGCGCUCGAAAACAUGCUGCAGGUGAAUGAAAAUCAGCUGCACACCGUAACGAAGCAGCUGAAGGCACAACUGAUGUGUCUGGAGGAAGCGAAACAAGCGCGGACAAAGCAGCGAAUGCACAUCCCCAGUCUGGAGGUGCUGUAUCAAACGCUUUCGAAGCAGCAAGACAUUCUAAACCGGCAGGGCGAGAAGAUCGCGUACCUUAAAAACAAGCUCGGACUGCGGAGCAGCUUGAAGGGGCUGGAGGAUCGGAGCGGCAGUGCGAAGGGCCUGGGAGACAAACAGUUGCCCGGUGACGCGACCGAUACGUCCGAGAGUGCGAUCGAAUCGUUAACGGACUCGAUCAUAUCGAUGACGCUCGGUGAUCAGGUGGCAGCCGACACUAGGAAGCUAAGCGAAUCGAAACAGUCCGCCCUGCGGAGAGCGCUCGUCGGCCGAAAGGUGGUAACGGUGAAACCGCAACGGCCGGAUCGUGUUGGGCUUAGUUCCGAGGUGGUACGCGAGCGGCGCGAUCAAGUCAGACGGUUGACUGUGGAGCAGGAAAAGGUAAAACAAGCAGCGGCACUAAAAGCGACCGCUGUACCUUCCAGCAAGGAAGCAGAACAAAGCAAACCCCAACCACAACAGCAACCGCAGCAGCAACGUGUUGUCCAACAGCAACCUUCAAAGCCGGCAGUAAAACCGCUGGGUACGGCGACAGCGAACAAAGCCUUUUCAUUUGGUUCCCAAGCACCAGCAGCACCCAGUGCCGGAAGUUUUUCCUUUGGGCAGACAACAAUUACACCGAUGGCUGCUGUAGCUGAUACCGGAAUGAAACCAACACCGAACGGUGGAAGCAUUAGCACCGGGUUGAGCUUUGGUUCUGCCGUUUCUGCUAGUAAGGAAAUCGUCGAUAAGGAGAAAAAGGACACACCCGCCAGCUCUGGUGGUGGUGGUGGCAAGGAGAAUAAUCCCGUUAUUCCGGCAUCGAUCGCAACCGUCUCGAAACCUUCGUCUGGUGCAUUUAGUUUCGCUACCAGCGCUAUGAACACAUCGGCGACACCGUUUGUAUCAUCCUCGACGGAAACGUCCUCUUCUUCUAGUGCCGCUGCUACGAAAUCUGUAUUUUCGUUCGGUAAUGCCGGAACCGGAACGAACAACGGUAAUAGUCAGCCAUCAGGAUUAUCGUUUGGUUCGCUAGCGAAACCGAACUUUUCGUUCGAUCUGCCCACUACCGCAGCAGCGUCCGCUGGCAAUGGGACGGGCAUUUCUUUCAACAUCGGCGGACCGUCGGAAGGAUCGUUAAGCUUGGGCAAACCGAAACCAACGGUUAUGAGCGAAAAUCUACCACCGGUGGAGGAAAUACAGAAGGAUAAACCGCUACCACCAUCGUUCGGACCGGUGGAACCGGCACCAUCGACAAAAGCGCCACUACCGGCCCUUACCAGCCUGCUUCAGAAGGUCGACUCGUCGGUUGAUCUUACCGUGAAGAGUGUGUCACCGCAGCCAAAGCCGACCGGUGGAGGUCUUUUCGGUAGCAUUACCGGUGGUACCAGUUUCGGUUCGGGUGGUCUUUUUGGCAGUGUUGCCAAACCAACUUCCACCGUGACCUUAACGACUGCAACAACGGCAACAGUGACAACAGCAGCAAAUGAUACAGUCAAGCCAAUUCCGGGCCUAUUUUCGGGAAUUUCCUUCGGUUCGCUUACCGUAACGCCAACGUUUUCUUCUCCUGCUGCUGGUACAGGGACUGGAAGCGAAAGCACCACACCAACGGUUGGAUCCUUUUUUGGCACUAUUAAACCCACAGCUGCUGGUAGCAGCAACGGAAAUGCAACAGCAAUCGCCCCAGUAUCAUCACCGGCAAGCUCGGUCGGUUUAACAUUUGCAAGCAACAGCUUUACGUCGUCUGGAUUUGGUGUGCCUAAGAGUACCUCAGCAAUAGAGACGUCGUCGACGAUCACAACCGCUUUAACUUCCACGGUGACUGCAACAACCACAAGCGACGAACCGGCUAAAGUGGACGGGAAAGUGGAAUCAAUCGCGACAACAACAACUACUACCCCGGGAGGAUCGAGCUUCGGAUUUGGAUCCGUUACAACGGGCGCACCGAGCGCCUUUUCUUUUGGUAAAUUAUCGCUCGAAAAGCCCGUCGCAGCUGUUGUUGCAUCGACAACCGUUACAACGGUAGCAUCGAAUGUGGUUGCACCGGCAACUACUUCCACCGCGACGACAACGGUGGCAGCAGAUACGACGAGCAAUUUGUUCAGUUCGAUUAGUAUCUGCUCACCGAGCUCGGCCACUUCCACCAGUGCCAAGAGUCCCUCGACAAUUACCGGUGGCAAUAUCUUCACAUCGGCAACGUUUGGUACCCCGAAAGCUGGCACGGAUGCGACCAACAUCUUCGGUAGCGCUGGCGGCAGUGUUUCCUCGUCCGGUGGGUCAAUGUUUGGAACGGUGAAACCCGCCGCUACGUUCGGUACAGCGGCGGCAACACCAGCACCGGUCGGAUUGUUCGCGUCCGUUGUACAGCCAAGUGUGGCAUCUACUGCACCGGCUACUGCUGCUACUGCUGCAUCUCCUGCUGCUCCUGCUGCCGGUGGUAACAUGUUCGGUGGAUUCUUUGGAACCGGUGCAACGCCCGCAACUACCGCAACCAGCACACAAUCGACGGGUUCAUUCUUUGGUAGCGGCACGGGCACGACCGGUGGUGGUUCCAUUUUUGGUUCGAAUUCUCCUGCUACGACGACGUCCAAUAUUUUUGGUAAUGCGACAACCAGCCCCACAACCGGCACUGCCGGUGGAGGAAUAUUUGGGAAUGCCACCAACAGUACACCCGGUGCUAGCGGUGGUUCCAUCUUCGGUGGUUCGUCCGCAUUCGGAGCAGCAACCGGUGGCAGUACCGUUCCUGCUGCCGGUGGUAACAUUUUCGGCAGCCCCGUCGCAUCCACACCGACAUCCGGUGGUACGGGUUUGUUCGGUUCCGUCGUCCCAGCGCAACCCGUCUCUUCAACGCAAUCCAUCUUCGGUGGUGCAACAUCGCCCGGUGGAUUUGGUUCCGUGGCCACCGCUAGCCCGGGACCGUUCAGCAGUGGUGCUGGUGUUACGGGUUCGAACGUAAAUGCGUUCGGCUCACCAACCGCGGGGAGUGGUGCAACGUCGGCAUUCAGCAAACCGCCCGCAUUCGGUGCCACGCCAACGUUCGGCGGUGCACCAACGUUUGGUGGUGCGCCCACCUUUGGCGGUGCACCAACGUUCGGUGGUGCGGCCACAUUCGGUAGCCCGAAGGCAACGUUCGGCGGUGGUUCACCGUUCGGUGGUGCCGGACCGACGCCGGCCAUCGGUUCACCAACGCCAUCCAACAAUCUGUUCGAGCAGCUUGGAUCCUCCUCGUCCGGUGUGUCCUUCGGUGGAUUGGCGGCACAACAAGCACAAAAGCCAACCCAGUUCGGCGGUUCGUCCUUUUCCAGCUGGCGCUCAUAACCUGCUACUAGCUACAAUUUAAAAGUGAAUUUUUCGUCUUAUUGUCAAUAUUAAGAUAAAAGGAAAAAAAAAACAUUACAACACCCAUACAAAUCAAAUAAGUAUUUUGAUUCUAUUAGUUCUACUUACCCGAAAAGUAUGCCAAUUUUUCACCGUUUUCGUUAUCGUAAGCAUUGUUUCUACUUACUGCUGAAGGUGUUUACUUUCAGACAUCUAGUCUAUUAGGUA